CGCAACGUUGACCAUCAAGGACACUAUUUAAAUUAUCCAAUAAUUUGAUUGUUAUUUAACUUGAUUUUUAGUAAAUUGUAGUUUUCCAUUUGAAUGAGAGGACUGAUUGUAAACAGAUUGAUUAAAUAUUGAUGUUCUGUGUUUUGUGUCAACUGAUUAAAUGUCUAACUCGGUGAAAAGUGUAUCAUCUUCACCAAGUGAUCAGGUUAACAAUCAAAUUAAUUUAUUGUUAACUGAAAGUGCGAUGGGCAAGGAGCGGGAAGUUAAUAAGGAUUCCCUGUAUCUUGAAUCAUUGGCACGUUACAAGGAGUUGAAAUCAAUUGGUUCGUGUCUACAUGGUGAUUGUGAUUCUGAUGGUUUAAUUAAACCCGAUUGGUUUGAUCAAAAGCUUUUCGAUAAAGGAAAAUCUUUGGGACAGAAAUAUUUUUUCUCCUCGUUUUUUGGUCAUCUUUGUGGUGUUUACGUACUAGUCCAGGUACCCUCGAUCUAUCAGCCUCUACUGACCACGGGAAACUCACGAACUGUGGCCAGUUUAUUUGCACGUUACCUGUCAACUCUCAAUCAUGUUAAAAUUUGGUAUGAUGGUGAUGUUUGGAAUCCAAGUGAUCCUGCCCAUCGGUCAAUCGUUUCCGUGCGAAAGGGUCAUAAGUUAGUUUCAUCUCGAUUGAAUUUAGGUAAACGUCAAGGUAUCGAUACUCUGGCCAUUUCUCAGUUCGAUAUGUUUCUAACCUUAUGGGCAUUUGUUGGUAACACUUUCCUUCAUCCUCAAGAAACUGGAUUCCCUGAUGAUCUGGACACUAUGAAAGCUUAUUUACAUUUUUGGCGGACAAUUGGUUACCUGUUGGGUGUUCAGGAUAAGUACAAUAUCUGUAACGAUGAUAAUAUGGAUCGAGCUGAUUCAAUGAUUAACCUUGUUUGGGAUCAAGAAUUUAAACCUUUGUUAAUUGGCCAUUUGAACCAGAAUUCUGGUCAAGAUAAGGGACAAAUCAUGUGCGACUCAAUUAUUGAAGCAAUGAGGUCAGUUUUACCGAUAUUGUCCACUUCGGCUUUCAUUAAAUACUUUCAAGAAAUUCAUUCAAUCAAAUCAACAGUUAAACUGGACAAGACUCAUGAUAAGGUGAGUUAUAAAUUGAUGAAGGUAACGAUGAACAAUUUGUUACCCUCGUUAAUUGCUGAUUCAAUUGCUAAUUUUUAUCUCAAACGAUCACUGGACAAUUGUAAUAAAAACAGAGUUAAAAUCGCUAAAUCACUUGAAGGUAUUGGACCAAUUAAUGAAUCAGACAAACAGCAAGUUGAUCAAUCGAUUGAUCAAAAUCCAUUAGAAACAAUCUGAUUUUCUGGUAAAUCACUCAAUCCAAACUCUUUGAUUGUUAACUCAUUUCAUUAAUUCUGUCCAUCCAAUGGCUUCACUGGCGAUGCACUUGUUUCAUGUCGAUAACUUUAAUCAAGUUUAAAUCUAUGGAACCAAAAAAAAAGAAACAAUCAAAUUA